ACGGGCGGCAACCCGGCUCUCUGCCAAGUUUCGCCCCUUUUUCCACCGCCGUUCCGUCCUCCCUUCCGGGGGACCAAACAAUGGCGAGAACCCAAGUUCGACUCCUCUUAUGGAAACGCCUUAAACCCUGCUACAGCUUCUCCCACCUCUCUUCCUCGCCGUACGCCCUUAAACCCUACUCCACUUCUUCCGCAGCCGUCUCCUUAUCUUCCGACCUUCCGAAACCCUCUUCCCUUUCCGCCCGCAUUAGCUUCCUUUCCGAUCAAAUCGAUGCCAUUGAGCGAGAACGCGCCGAGAAGCACGAAACCCUGCAAAAUAUUCGAACUUGGCGCCGGUCCAAAACUGACAACCAGCAGCUUCAAAAUCAGGAACUGAGAGAAGAGCCUAGUUUCCGGAAACCUGAAGUAGUAGUAGUAACGACUGUUAGCUCCUCGCAUGAUGAAGAAUCCGAUGCUGGGUACGGUUUUGAUGUGAGCAGUUCUGGGUCGGGUGUUGAGCUGGGUACGGUUUUGCAUCCGUGGCCGGAAUGGAUAGAGUUGAUGCAGAGAUUGGCUCUGCAGAAUUACUUCGAUCAUCAGAGUACAGAAGAGGACGAAAUGGUUGAGAGUUUGGGAAUUGAUGAUGGCUUUGAAGAUGUGAAGGCAUCUGUUGAGAAGAAUGAGAAAGGUAUUGAUUUCGCUAAAGAUUUUAGGACCGUCCAGAAUGCUUUUGUCAAUUUCGGCAAAGACAGAUUCGAUAUCUUGAGGUCAUUGUCGAGAAAGGAUCUCCAGCUGUUGGUUGGCUAUGGAUGCCCAACUGCAGACAGAAGGGUCGUUAUGUCUGCCAAACUCCUGAGGAAGCAUGUCCACCUUAAUGAAGACGAUGUUUGUAGCAGCUGCAGCUUGAGGAGCUCGUGUGGGAAAGCAUUUCUGCUGACAAAUAAAGAGGAGGAAGCACACACCAAUGAUGUAUUGCGGGUUCUCUUGGCUUACGGCUCUGAUCGUACAAAUGAGUCGGUAACCAAUAAGCCUAUUCUGGAAGAAAACUCCGUCAAAACUGUGGUCCGGAAGCUAUUUCACGAGAUUGUAAAGCUGAGUGCAGAUCCUAUCAAUCCGAAUCUCCCUCCUCCUGUGAUCAAGAAACCUCCUCCAAAAGUGAAGCAGCCUCCUCCGCCGCCGAAGGUACAAGUUGGACGUGAUGAUAUCGAGAUGAAGAAAGGCGAUUGGCGCCUCAAAUGCGACUUCAUGAAUUUCACGAAGAACACUGCAUGUUUACAAUGUGAUGCCAAGAGCCCAAAGAGAGAGUUGCUUCCUGAAGAACGGGAAUGCCCUCAGUGUAACUUAAACUAUAGGAGAAACAUGGUAUGCCUUCAUUGUGAUUGCAAGCGUCCACAUGAAGAAUUCUUGGAGAAUAGAAUGGAGGAAAGGAAUCGUGAGCAGAAAACAAGGUUCGAGAAGGAUGCAACUCGUCCUGAAGUGUCGAAUGCCUGGAACUUCAAUUUAAAUGACGACGAGUCAGAUGGUGCAGAUGUUGCUGCUUUUGAGAAUGCAGACUCUGUAUUGAAUGAUCACGAACCUCCUAUGUCCGCUGCUCCAGCUCAGGGAGGAAACUUCAGAGACCGUGAAAUGGGUGCCAGAAAUCCAAGCAGGUAUUCGAAUUCACAACCAAGUAGAUCUGGAACAGGGAUAACUCUGACGCAUCAGAUUGUGCACUCCACCUUGCUUAAUUGCUCUUCUGACUUGAUUGCCUUGAGCUUUUUCAUCUGGUCGGCUAAGCAACCUAAUCAUUUCCACGAUAGACGAGCAUUUGACCAUAUGGUUGGAGUUGUUUGGCGUUUGAGUACUAAGUACCAUGUUAAAGGAAUCGUUAGGGAGCUCGAGAACAUUGGUAUCGCUACCAAGGCACCGACCUUCUUGCUUUUACUGCGGGUUUAUUGGUGUGGAGGCAUGUACACUAUGGUUUUAGAAGCUUUUAAACAGAUGUGUUAUUUCGGGUUUACGCCAAACACAUUUGCUUACAACGUGAUCGUCGAUAUCUCGUUCAGGAUGGGGCAGACGCCUGUAGGUAUGAAGGCUUUGAAGGAUGUCCCAUCACCAAAUUUCUUGAGUUACAAUAUCGCAUUGUGUCACGUGUGCAAGUCGAAUGAUCUGGUUCAUAUUAAGGAUGUGCUGUGCAGGAUGGUGAGGAAGGGUUACUAUCCCACUGCUCAGACUUUUGAGACAGUUCUGAAUUGUUUCUGUAGGGUAGGUAACUUAGGAGGGGCAUUUCAAGUAUUGGGUUUAAUGGUUGUAUUGGGAGCUUCACUGUCUGUCAUGAUUUGGACUAAGUUGAUCGGUGGAUUCUUCAACUUGGGUGAACCUGUUAAGGCAGGUUUUCUGUUUAAGAAGAUGGUUGAGACGGGUUGUUCUCCGAAUGUAGUUACUUACACAACUCUCUUUAGAGGAUAUGUAGAGUCCGGAAUGGUCGAUGGGGCGUUUACUGUUUUGACUGCUAUGGAAUCUGGGGGUCUUGCUCCUGACCUGGUUCUUUGCAAUGUUCUGAUGCAUAGUUUGAUUAAGAUUGGGAGGGAAGAUGAUGCUGCAAGUGUAUUUGUAAGUAUGCUGAAAUGGAAUUUGGUACCUGAUUCUUUCACUAUGUGUUCUUUGCUGUCGACCCAAGGUUCUUCUAGAAACUUCCUCUUGUGGUUAAAGCUGCUUGCCAGGUUUAUCAUGUUAGACGAUCCAGCUCUCUAUAACUCGUUGAUACAUUGUGGUUGUUAUGCUGGGUAUCCGUUUCUUGCUGAGUGGUUUUAUGAAGAUAUGGUAGAGAAAGGCUUCAUGCCAGAUAACUAUAGUUUUGCUGGAUUGCUUAGAGCGCUAUGUGCACAAGGAAGAAGUGAUAAAGCCGUCAAUGUGUAUCUUGGACUUCUUAGGACUGGCCAUGAUCUUAACGCUCAUGUGCAUACUGUAAUUAUGGUUUGUCUUAUACAAAGUGGCGACUUUGACAGGGCAAUAAAGUUGUUUAGGGAAGCUGUGGUGCAGAAGUACCCAUUAGAUGAUGUGUCGUACACAGUUGUCAUCCGGGGACUGUUUGAACGUGGGAGGACAGAAGAAGCAAUAAACUUGUAUGACAAAAUGAAGUCUGUUAAUUUGUCUCCUAAUGUGCAUACAUAUAAAGUAAUGCUUCAUGGGUUGUCCGUAAGGAGAGACCGUGAGAGGAUUGAGAAGUUGUUGGAAGAUAUUGUUGAGGCUAAGGUCCUGCUGGAUGAGGAGAUGCAAUGAGAAGGCAAUAAUGGAGGGGAAGUGCGAGGGCGGGUUCAAGAUUUCAAGACUGUUACUUGGACUGUGUGGGUUCUAAAGACGGGCGGGAAUUGUUUCAGGGUGUAAAGAGCCCUACAAGGAUCUUGACGAAUAUGAGGAGAUGGAUGAGGAGAAAGAUUACGACUGCGAUAAAGAAGAGAAGGGAAAGAUCUAGCUCUGUGCUGUCCAAAUUUUGGACAAAUGGCUUUCAUUACUGAAGUCUAUUAAGCGUAUAAGCCACCCGCCUGAGUUUGAUCACACCAAGUGCUUGAUCGAGACCAAAGGAACUAUGGGUCCGGUAACUCUGUGUGGUCUAAAUAUGGGUAUGGCGCCGGCGCUAGCACCGGAGCUAAUGCAUUUGAGCAUUCCCAAAUUUCGGUGAGAAGUGUACAAGACCCUUGACCAGUAAAGUCUCUGUUUCUGCUGCGAUUCUCAGUCCGUACAGGUGGUACAUCUCUUGGGAAACAGCAUUGUGUCUGUGGACCGGCACCUUGUAUAUCACAUAUUUAAAGAUAACAUCUCGAGAUUUUGGUGGAAGGAUGCAAUCGCCAUACUGCUGGUGAUUACUUUGUUAAUCUUCCUUGUAUUUCUACUUCUUCUCCUGCUCUUCCAUAGGUAUGUAAAUUCUGGCUUUUUCCCCACAAAUAGCUGGUGCUGUGUUUAUUGCAUUAUACCAUCACGCAACUCUCUUGAAAGCUAUUGUCUCUCACCUCUGGCCGUAAGAAUUUCCACCAUAUAUUACAGUAAACUUCCUUCUACUUCCUGAAAAGGUGAAGGAUAAAAGUCUCUAUUGCUGCAGGAAGUACCUUUAAGACAAUCCACUAACUAUUGUUUCUGGUACAGCUAUCUUAUUUUCACCAACUAGACCACCUUUGAACCAGUAAGACGCUAGGCGGAUCCCAGAUUUGAGCUACCGUGUAAAGCUGCAUACUGAGGACCUUGCUUAGGUCCUGGCUACUUUUUCCAACAUGCCCUCUUGUUGAUCCACCGGGGUAUUCCUGAAACUGUGUAUCCCUUCAGUAAGGGAGUUCUGGGGCAACUUGUAUGGUUUUUGUUGUGCUCCUAGAAGCAUAUACAGUUUGGAAAAGAGCAUGCCUUCCAGGGUUGAACUUGAAGAGAGGUCAAGACAUUACACGUGCUUUGGAUAUUUUGACUGGCCGUUGCUGCCAAGAGCUUUGUUGCAUUGUAGAUUUACUCGUGUGCAGACUAUUCACGCUAGAGUCCAUUAGGAAGACAGUUUGUUCCAUCAAUCCAUUUGUCUCCUCUCUGGAAAAGAACAACACUUUUGCCGCAUCUUUAGAAGGAUCUGCAGUUAGGGAUAAGGCAAUUGUGUUCUUGACUUCAGUAUUGUUGUCUGUACUCUGGCCUCUGGGCCAAGUCUCGGUAAGUCAGGUACGUCAUAUUUUCGUAACUUUUUGUAUAUACUAAUGAGGAUGGAGGAAACUGAUUGUAUCACUGUAGGUUA